AUGAACUCAUUUGUUGUUACAUUAGCCGGUCUUUUCUUAAUCUAUGCAACAGUCAUUACAACUGUGUAUUGUGUUGAUCUCAGAGGUCUUGAUUUAACAAAAGAAGAAAUCAUUGCAAUAACACGUGAUCAUCGUGGUCGUGCUGAUCCAGAUGCAUUCCUCAAUGGUUUCUUUCCUGUUUGGGCAGCAAUUCAAUUUUUAAUUGCUUGUUUCUUUUUCGUCGUUGCUGUCAUCAGUAUUGUAUGCUACAUACUCGGUUGCAGAACACCACCAGAAGAACGAAACAAACGAGUCAAAUAA